CCGGAGAGCCGCGGAGAAGAUGGCUGCUCCGAAGAAGUCUCCCUUUGUGGUCACUCUAGAAAUUAACCUGAUCGUUGUGGUUUUGUCUUUGUUGGGGCUUAUAAGCCGACUGUGGAAUCUUUGUCAUCCUCCAGCGGUUGUGUUUGAUGAAGUUUACUACGGUCAGUUCAUCUCUCUGUACAUGAAGGGGAUAUUCUUCCUGGAUGACAGCGGACCACCAUUAGGACACAUGCUGUUAGCUCUUGGAGGAUAUCUUGGGGGAUUUGAUGGUAAUUUCCUGUGGAACAGAAUUGGGGCAGAAUACAGCAGUAAUGUCCCCGUAUGGUGGCUGCGUCUCCUUCCUGCCCUGUCCGGAGGCCUCUGCGUCCCUCUUGCCUAUCAGAUCGUGGUUGAGCUGGGUUACUCCACCUGGGCCGGAGUGGCGGCCGCUCUGCUUAUUCUCUUUGAAAACGCUCUGGUCGCUCAGUCCCGUCUGAUCCUUCUGGAAUCCGUUCUUAUAUUCUUCAUACUUCUGGCCAUAUUGUCGUACCUGAGGUUUCACAGAUAUCAGCAAACGAGUCCGUUCUCCACUCGCUGGUGGUUGUGGUUGCUCCUGACCGGUGUUUCGUGCUCCGGGGCGGUGGGGGUGAAGUACGUGGGUCUCUCCUCUUACCUCCUGAUCCUGACCCUCGCGGGGCUUCACAGUUGGCAGCUGCUCGGUGACCGGAGACUGUCUAAUGGUUUGGUGCUUUGUCACCUGGGGGCCCGUGGUCUGGCCCUGCUGCUGCUCCCUGCGCUCCUCUACUUGGGGACGUUCUACAUUCACCUUUCCAUACUGACGCGUUCCGGCCCCCACGACCACGUCAUGAGCAGCGCGUUCCAGGCCAGUCUGGAGGGCGGCCUGUCUCGGAUCACCCAGGGGCAGCCGCUGGAGGUGGCGUUCGGCUCGCAGAUCACGCUGAGGAACACGCUGGGUAAACCGGUGCCCUGCUGGCUGCACUCCCACAAGAGCAACUACCCUGUCAUGUACGAGGGAGGUCGCGGGAGCUCGCACCAGCAGCAGGUCACCUGUUAUCCCUACAAAGAUGUCAACAACUGGUGGAUCGUGAAGGACCCCGCGCGGCAGGACAUGGUGGUCGGCUCGCCCCCGCGGGUAGUAAGACAUGGAGACGUUGUACAGCUGGUCCACGGCAUGACCGCCCGCUUCCUGAACACACACGACGUUGCGGCCCCUUAUUCUCCCUACGCCCAAGAGAUUUCCUGUUACAUCGACUAUAACAUCUCUAUGCCGGCGCAGACGCUGUGGAAAGUGGAAAUCUCAAAUCGGGAAUCUGAGCGGGAAACAUGGAAGACGAUCUCGUCCGAAGUGAAGCUGCUUCAUGUCAACACCACUGCUGCGCUAAAGCUCAGCGGCUCCACCUUACCAGACUGGGGCUUCCGGCAGCUGGAGGUCGUGGGUGACAAGGUGGCGAAAGGCUCUCACCCGAGCCUGGUGUGGAACGUGGAGGAGCAUCGCUACGGGCGCAGCGAGGAGCAGGCGGAGCGGGAGCAGGAGCUGCACAGCCCGGCACAGAUGGAUGUCGGGAGGAACCUCAGUUUCAUGGCUCGCUUCUGGGAGCUGCAGUGGAAGAUGCUGACUAUGAGGAGCGAAAGCCCGGAGCACAAGUACUGCUCGUCCCCUAUAGACUGGGUCACCCUGGACACCAGCAUCGCCUACUGGCUCCAUCCCAGGACCACGGCUCAGAUCCAGCUGCUGGGGAACCCUGUGAUCUGGUAUUCUGCCAACGCUGGCGCCAUAUUAUACAGCGUCCUCUUCCUGUUCUACCUGCUGAGGCGGCAGCGCAGGAUCUGUGACAUCGCACCAGGCACAUGGCGCUGCUUACACCUCACCGGGACGUUGUUCCUGGGCGGCUGGGCGGUGAAUUAUCUGCCGUUCUUCCUGAUGGAGAAGACUUUGUUCUUGUAUCAUUAUCUCCCGGCCCUCACCCUGAAGAUCCUGCUGCUGCCCCCAGUGCUGGAACACGUACACCGCCAUCUCAUCAGGUCGGACCCCCUCCAGAACACCUUCUCUGCCCUCCUGCUGGUGUGGAUCUCCAGUGUGGUCCUGACCUUCAGUAAACUCUGCCCUUUGACCUACGGGCAGCCGGCCCUGGCACCACAGGAGCUGAGGAGCUUAAGGUGGAAAGACACUUGGGACAUUCUUAUCAGGAAGUGAGGCGGCGGGGACUCAGGACGACAAUCUGUGCGUGAAACGUGUCAGCGAGAGAAGAGGACGAGCCGCAGCCUCCGGGUGUCAUGGAGUCCACGCGAGGAAUAGAAAACUAUAGGUUAGGGACAUACAGAGUCCAGUGCAGGGAUUCCCCAUCUGUGGAUCUCCAGGCUGGUGCAGGACUACAACCCCCAGCAUGCUGAACCACAGGUUUGGGAAUAAAGCUCGGCUCAGGUCUCUAUGCUGCAAUGGUUGGUUGUGGACUAAACACAGGAUGAUGGACUCCUGGAUGUUCUCCUGCAGCCUGUUGGGUGGAGUAGUCCAGAAAGUGAGGAGCAGAUUACUCCACAGGGGGCGACACUGAGCAAAGGCGCGAAGAGCGUGAAAUCUGUGAUAGAUUCCAAACAAUAAAGGUAUUUAGUAUAAUGUG